GAAUGCGCGUACACGGCACUCUUCAAGCGUGCUCGGCAAGACAGCGUGGGUGACAGGAGAGCUUGUAGUCACAGUGGAUAAGUGGUCUCAGGAUGGUGAAUGCAAACAGCAGUGAUAGUGGCACAGCUAGCUGUAGUAGUGCGGAAGACUCCAAGGAAAGCUCCCGAUGUUCCACACCAGUCCUGGAUGUAGAACGCCAUGAACGUCUCAAGGAUAAGAUGCGAAGGCGGGUUGAGGCUGGAGAUAGAUGGUUCUCACUGGAGUUUUUUCCUCCACGAACAGCAAGUGGAGCAGUCAACUUGAUCUCCAGGUUUGAUCGAAUGGGUUCAGGAGGCCCCCUCUUCAUUGAUGUGACCUGGCACCCAGCUGGAGAUCCCGGCUCCGAUAAAGAGACCUCCUCCAUGGUUAUUGCAAGUGCCGCAGUUAAUUUCUGUGGGUUGGAGACUAUUUUACACAUGACAUGCUGCAAUCAGACUAAGGAGGACAUUACAAAGCAUCUCCAUAAGGCAAAGCAUCUUGGGUUGAAGAACAUAAUGGCUCUUAGAGGUGACCCUACUGGUGAGGAGUGGGAGGAAGAGGCAGAGGGCUUUAAUUAUGCCGUUGAUCUUGUUACGCACAUUCGUCAUGAAUUUGAUGAUUACUUUGAUAUAUGUGUUGCCGGAUAUCCCAGAGGACACCCUGAAGCAGAAGGCUAUGACCAGGACUUGAAGCAUCUUAAGGAGAAAGUAGAUGCCGGGGCAGAUUUUAUUAUCACUCAGCUUUUCUUUCGGGCUGAGACAUUCCUUACGUUUAUAAAUGAUUGUAGAGCUAUUGGGAUAACGUGUCCUAUCUUGCCUGGAAUCUUCCCAAUCCAAGGAUAUGGUUCUUUGCGCCAGCUAGUAAAGCUUUCAAAACUUGAGGUCCCCCAAGAAAUUAUGGACGUCAUAGAACCAAUUAAGGAUAAUGAUGCAGCCAUUAGGAAUUAUGGCAUUGACUUGGCAGUAUCAAUGUGUAGGGAGCUGCUGGACAGUGGUCUUGUACAUGGACUUCAUUUCUAUACACUUAACAGAGAGGUAGCCACUAUCGAUGUCUUGAAGCGCCUUGGAAUGUGGAAAGAAGAUCCUAGGCGACCUUUGCCUUGGGCUGUGAGUGCACAUCCCAAGCGAAGAGUAGAAGAUGUCCGUCCAAUUUUUUGGGCUAGUAGGCCAAAGAGUUACAUACACCGUACACAGGAGUGGGAUGAAUUUCCAAAUGGGCGUUGGGGCAACUCCUCCUCUCCAGCUUUUGGUGAGUUAAAGGACUAUUACCUCUUUUACCUGAAAAGCAAAUCUCCACGAGAAGAAUUGCUAAAAAUGUGGGGACAAGAACUCAGCAGUGAAGAGAGUGUGUUUGAAGUGUUCACCUAUUACAUCUCUGGAGAACCUAACCCUAAUGGACACAAAGUUACUUGUCUACCUUGGAACGAUGAUCCUCUUGCUCCAGAAACCAAUCUACUGAAGAGCGAACUGCAGAAGGUUAAUAAAAGGGGAAUUCUUACUAUCAACUCCCAACCAAAUGUCAAUGGGAAGCCCUCCACAGACCCAAUAGUGGGCUGGGGUCCCAGCAGAGGUUAUGUCUUUCAAAAGGCCUAUCUUGAAUUCUUCACAUCCAGUGAAAUGGUCACUGCCCUCAUCAAAGUGCUUAAGCGAUAUGAGCCUCGUGUGAACUAUCAUAUAGUCAAUGUACAUGGUCAAAACAUUACAAAUGCUGCAGAUUUACAACCCAGUGCUGUGACGUGGGGAAUAUUUCCAGGACGUGAAAUUAUUCAGCCAACAGUUGUGGAUCCAGUUAGCUUCAUGUAUUGGAAGGAUGAAGCCUUUGCCCUGUGGAUUGAACAGUGGGCCAAACUCUAUGAAGAAGAGUCUCCAUCUCGUAUGAUUAUUCAGUAUAUUCAUGACAACUACUACUUGGUAAAUCUGGUGGACAAUGAUUUCCCCCUUGAGAAUUGCUUGUGGCAAGUUAUAGAGGACACUUUUAAAGAGCAUGAUAGUCCAACUGACCAGUAAGAAAUAGCUGUAUCCUGCUGCUGUGCCUACUACCUCGUGGCUAAUGGAGAAAUCCAAGUGCAACAGAAUUUAUUCAAAUGGAUUUGCAAUGAAUUGUGCUUUUUGUUUCCUCCCUCCCGUCCAAACAAAUUCUGUGCCCUUCUUUUUUUUUUUUUUUUUUUUUUUUUUAGUUUAAACCUUAUUAUCUGCCAGUGAGAAGCACCCAAAUACAACCAUGCACUUGUGGCAGUGCCGUCCAAGCAGAAGGUGUACCCAAGGCUGCUGCCGAAUGGCAAAGUCCCAUCUGGCAAUUCUCCAGUAUCCUGUACUAAGGGAGGCAGACAAAGAGGUAUAUGCCUAGCAUCCCCCCACCAUUGUGCCCCAGACACAUGCCUCUUCUGCCACCCCUAGUCCCAGCCCUGACUUGUGGAUUCUAUUUUAACUAAGUAACAUGCUAAAUACCAGAGGAUCAUACACCCUGUGUUCUAUAGGCCUUAUUGUAUAGCACUACACCUACUUAUAAUUAUAGGAAUACUGUCUGCUGCUUCACAUGCUUGAACAUUAAAAGAGUGAACACUACAGGUUAAAUUUCAGUGUAAGGUCUCCAGGACAUUGUCUUUAGCAGUUGUGUGUCUUUUUAUUCAUUGCUUGCCAGAUGUCCACCUUCUAUUUUGUAUGUUUUUAACUUAUUUUUAAGUAGGAUUUUAAUAAAACAAGAAAUUAUGGUG